GGGCGGGUUGAACCAGUUUGGCGUAAUGAAAUUGGUUAUGUAUAUUAGGUCGGGGUAUCUACUUCUAUUUUGGGAUCAGAAUUGAAACCUAUUCCGCGAUGACAGACAAGGAAAAAGACACAACCCGUGUCUGUGACCAGUGGUGAGACAAUUAAAACAUUUAAAUAUUAAAAUGUUUAAAACUUUCAAAACAUAGCAUCAAAGUAACAGUGGAUAUUCUUCCGCAUGAAUUCGUAGGAUAUAUAAAUUGGCAAUUUAUUUUCCUAAAGACAUAGUUUGUUGAGAGAGACUGUUCACUUCAUAAUAAGAUACAUUGUCAAAAAUAUUGACAAGGCUGCCAUAAUUUCAGGUUUACAAAAGGCAUUUCAGUCAAUACAUGGCAUGAAAUCCUAGUCUAGAAUCUUUGAAAGUGGAAGUGCUUGAACAGAUCACAGUAGAGCUGGCCAUGACAUUCUCUUCAGCUCUAUGUUCUGUUUGUUCAGAUCACACACACACCUACCACAUUUUCAUACUUGAGUAAAAGUAAAGAUACCAAGAUAGAAAAUUACUCAAGAAAAAGUGAAAGUCACCCAGUAAAAUACUACUUGAGUAGAAGUCUAAUAGAAUUUGGUUUUAAAUAUACUUAAGUAUAUAAAGUAAAAGUUAGUCUAAAUAAUUUUUAAUUCCUUAUACUGUAUAAAGCAAACCAGAUGGCAUCAUUUAUUUAUGAAUAGCCAGGGGCACACUCCAACACUCAGACAUCAUUUACAAACAAAGCAUGUGUUUAGUGAGUCCGCCUGAUCAGAGGCAGUAGGAAUGACCAGGGAUGUUCUCUUGAUAAGUGCGUGAAUUAGGCAAUUUUCCUGUCCUGCUAAACAUUCAAAAUGUAACGAGUACCUUUGGGUGUCAGGGAAAAUGUAUGGAGUAAAAAGUACAUCAUUUUCUUUAGGAAUGUAGUAAAGUAAAACUUGUCAAAAACAUAAAUAAUCAGGUAAAGUACAGAUACCCCAAAAAACUACUUAAGUAGUACUUUCAAGUAUUUUUACUUAAGUACUUUAAACCACUGCACACACAGGUCUGUGGUGUUGUUGCGCCUCUAACACUUCUCCUGUGCUCGUGUUCAACUGUCAGUCACAAGGAGGUGGCUGUGUCCAACUUUGCCUUGCAUGAGUCCCACUGCCAGCGGUUCCUAUCCCUGUGUCCAGACUGUGAUGAGCCUGUUCCCAGAGAGCUAUUGGAGCAGCACCAUCAGGACCAGCACAGCCAGGUAAACCACUCUGCUCUAAUGAAACCAGGACCACUUCCUAAUACUUGAGUAGAUGUUGAUAGAUCAAGGGCCCGAUUGUUUAUUUUCAAUAUAUUGUUGCUCUGUCACUCCCACAGGUGAAAUGCACCAAGUGCAACAAAAAGGUGGAGCGUUGCCAGCUACUGGACCAUGAGGUGAGACUGCUCAACGGUCACCGGCAUUGCCACACACACACACACACAUCAUGACAAUGCUGUUUCAGUGAAACAAGUUAGUUCCUCUACAUGAUAGUCAAACUGUAAUUGAUACAGGUGUAUAAUAACUACUAUCAUACAGAAUGAAUCACUCCCCCCACCCCUCUCUCUCAGUCGGACGAGUGUAAGGCAAAGCUGCAGUGCUGUGAGUUCUGCCAGUUGGAGCUGCCACUGUCGGCCAUGGCGGAGCACAGCGUGGCGUGUGGCAGUCGCACCGAGCGCUGCUCUGACUGCGGACGCUACGUCACUCUGAGGGACCAGCCUGAGCAUGCCCAGAUCUGUCCUGACCUCUAUGUUCCCGAUAACCCCUCCCCGCAAUCCUCCAAAAGUGAGGCUAACCCCUACACUUAAGUUCAAGUUGAUUUGCCAUAUGUAAUAUUCAACACAUUGGAAAAUGGAAAUCAUAAAUCACUAUACAGUCAGAUGAGAUUGACACAAUGGUAUUCAAUGUUAUGUUAUAUUCAAACUGUUUUCUGUAUGCAGGCAGGCGAACAGCAGUGGUUUGCAGGAGCUGUAUGAGGUCUUUCCCAUUGGAGGAGAUGGCGGAACAUCAGGUAUGUUCUUAUUCAAUAGCAUGAACCCAAGUCAUCAUUGUCAGAUCAUUCCUCCUUGUUUAUCCCACUUCUGGUGCCAAUAUUAAGCCUACUCCUGGACAAACAAGCAUUCUCAAUGCAGAUUCUCAGUGGAAAGAGCUUAGUGUUUAAAUCACUUGUUCCACUCUCUUCCCCCACUGCUAGCUGGAGUGUGACCACACAUCAGAGGAGGCUAAAGGUGAUGAUGAUGAUGAUGAUGAUGAUGGUGAGGAAAAUGGCAGCCACAAACAGGAGCAGGCCAGUCCUCGUUUGACCAGUUCUAUGAAGUCUGUAUUGUUCUCAGCCCAAGGCAGGAGGCAAGACGAGGGGGGAGAGGGGGAUGUUGACCAGAUCAGCACCUGUCCCCACUGUCACCUGGCUCUCCCCGUAGUCACACUACGAUGGCAUGAGGUACAGCUCUUUCCCAAAAACACAGUACCCUUCUGGGUUGGGUCAAUUCCAUUUCAACUCAGUCUCCAACCCUGGUCCCCUUUUUAAGAAUUUGGAGUGAUGAAAACGAGACAAACUAUCUUUUGUUUCUUCUUUCAGGCCAAAUGUCAGAUCCAUGUCAACUUGAAUGAGAAACGUGCUCGGAACUUCUGA